AUGGCGGCACAGGAGGUGCAUGGAUCAGUCGUUUUGUCCGGGCAGAAACUUUCCAUACAGCGUAAGACUGGACACUUCCACUGUCCUGUAUGUCUUUUCCAAACAGUACAUGAGGCUGAGGCAAAAGCACACAUUGUUUCGCAUUUAAAUAUAUUUGUUGACCAUAAAGGUGUCAGAGUACAUAAAUGCCACCAACACUGCAGGGCAUCGCCACAUUUCCAUUGCCCAGGCUGUAAGAAUACUAGAAUAAGGAGAAAAGAUUUCUUGACUCACUUAUCGAACUGCCCUGGCAGUGUCGCCACACCAAGACUUGGCAUUGUCGCCACACCAAGACCUGGCAUUGUCGCCUCACCAAGACCUGGCAUUGUGGCCACACCAAGACCUGGCAUUGUCGCCACACCAAGACCUGGCAUUGUGGCCACACCAAGCCCUGGCAGUGUCGCCAUACCAAGCCCUGACAAUAUCGCCACACCAAGCUCUGGCAGUGUAGAGGAGCAGCCUGGCAGUCUUUUUUGCAAGAAUGUGACCCAGCGGCCUGUGAGAGUUAAUACAUUAAGCCAAAGGAUUGUAGAGUGUUCUCACUGCAGUAUGUCUAUGCAUCGUAAAAAUCUGAAGCGCCAUAUGCAAAGACGACAUUCUGAGUUCCCAGACAUCACAAAACAAUGCCACUUACAGAGUCCACCUAUUGACCCACAAUCAGGCAUUUAUGUGGUGGCAAAGGCAUUUUGUGGACCUCCUAUUCCUAUUCACAUCAAAUAUAGUUUUCAGGGCCCAAAACAGCACACAGAGUGUGUAGGGUUGGAAAAUUAACAACAUAAUUUCUGUUACAACUCCCAUUUCUUUGUGAAAACAGUCCUAUUGCAUUCCAUGACAUACAGAGGGUGCUGAUAGUGAUCUGUCAGCCUAUUGGCUGAGGUGUAUGUGUGUUGGGGCUCUGCAAAUAGUUACAAGUUGAGUACAGUGGGGGUUAAAGGUGGUCUGCUGAUUGGUCAGUCUAAAUGUAUCUGGUCUGGUUCUAGUCACAUGGUCAGGGAAAGAAUAAUAAAUUGUAACUUGUGCACUGGGCUUUUCUUUCUAUUCUCUGACUCCUCUCUGGGCUCUGCUCUUGGGCAGCAUGGUCACAGGCCAUCAGGCCCGACUCCCAGCUCUCAAUGGCCUCUUUACACUCUCUUUCCACCUUUCAUUCUCUUCCCCGUAGGUAGUAUGCAUGCUGGUUUCAUAUACAUGUUUCAUACAUUUAAUCUGUAACUUUUACAUCCAAAUUGUAACCACCUGAUGUAACUUUUUGAGACAGUUAAUAAACAUUUUCUCCUUAAUCUAUGUCUGGUUCCUAUCACUCUGUAUACUAUAUACUUCUAAGUGCAACAUACUGCAUUAAAACAAGGUCAUAGUAUGGUUCUAAACAAUGCUCUCCCACAUGUUUAGCUAUUCUAACUGCGCUUAUUUUCUUCAUUGUUAUAAGUAGCAGAAGGUGGUAACUUAACCUUCUAAGCUUUGCAGAUCCUUGGCAUUCUAGCUGUCAGUUUGUCCAGAUACUCAGGUGACAUUUCACCCCACACUUCCUGUAGCACUUGCCAUAGAUGUGGCUGUCUUGUCGGGCACUUCUCACACACCUUACGGUCUAGCUGAUCCCACAAAAGCUCAAUGGGGUUAAGAUGCAUAACACUCUUUUCCAAUUAUCUGUUUUCUAAUGUCUGUGUUUCUUUGCUCACUCUAACCUUUUCUUUUUGUUUUUCUGUUUCAAAAGUGGCUUUUUCUUUGCAAUUCUUCCCAUAAGGCCUGCACCCCUGAGUCUUCUCUUUACUGUUGUACAUUAAACUGGUGUUGAGCGGGUAGAAUUCAAUGAAGCUGUCAGCUGAGGACAUGUGAGGCGUCUAUUUCUCAAACUAGAGACUCUGAUGUACUUAUCCUCUUGUUUAGUUGUUCAUCUGGCCUUCCACAUCUCUUUCUGUCCUUGUUAGAGCCAGUUGUCCUUUGUCUUUGAAGACUGUAGUGUACACCUCUGUAUGAAACCUUCAGUUUUUUGGCAAUUUCAAGCAUUGUAUAGCCUUCAUUCCUCAAAAUAAUGAUUGACUGAUGAGUUUCUAGAGAAAGCUGUUUCUUUUUUGCCAUUUUUUACCUAAUAUUGACCUUAAGACAUGCCAUUCUAUUGCAUACUCUAGCAACUCAAAAACAAACACAAAGACAAUGUUAAGCUUCAUUUAACAAACCAAAUAGCUUUCAACUGUGUUUGAUAUAAUGGCAAGUGAUUUUCUAGUACCAAAUUAGCAACUUAACAUGAUUACUCAAGGAUAAGGUGUUGGAGUGAUGGCUGCUGGAAAUGGGGCCUGUCUAGAUUUGAUCAAAAAUGACUUUUUUCAGAUAGUGAUGGUGCUGUUUUUUUUUUCACAUCAAUAAUGUCCUGACUAUACUUUGUGAUCAGUUGAAUGCCACUUUGUUGAAUUAAAGUACCAAUUUCCUUCCGAAACAGCAAAAUCUGUACAUUAUUUUAAAAUUUUGGCCGCCAGUGUGUUUCACCUUGAAACAUGUUUGAAAACUUUUUUGAAGUUAAUGAUUAAACUGCAUGCAUUCUCAUGUAUUCAAGGUGCAAUGAAACUAUUUUAAUACCUUGUUUACACCGCAUGAAAUGUUUUUUUAUAUCAUUAAAUCAUUUUCUUUGUAGAAAAUGCUAUAAAUGUUUUUCAAAAAUUUGUAAAAACAACAUAAACCUAAAGAUUACAUGUCUACGAACUUGACACGUGUUUUAAACUACAUUUUUGAAACAUAAUAUUUAUCACCUCGGACAACCUGAUUUGUUAGUGAGCCCUAUACUACAACUAGGUGGUGCAUUUUAGCUGUAAUAUGAACUGUGUAGGGACCAUUUAAUUUUAGAAAUAGAGCAUUA